UUGUUUACUCAACAAAGAAGAACAAGCUUAAGGCGGCCUUUGGCAAUGUACACAUUUACCUUUUUUUUUUUUUUUAAAUUAAGCUAUAUCAAAAAAAUCACUUCCUACCCGCGAAUGAUGCUGGCUUCGGGGCUUGUCUGGGUCGCAAACUCAUACAUGUGCUGACACUCACCGGUGGAUGCAAGAGCACACAGUCAUGUCUCGAUGUGGUCAGCUGGACAGGAAGAAUCGCUGGCAGGAGAUUCAGAAAGGUCUACAGUUUAUACAAUCAACAUUACCAUAUCGUGGAACUCGAGAACAUUAUGAAAUGUUUAUUAAGGAUCUCAUUUGGAAUCUUUUCGGAGAAGGCAAUGAUGUGUUUAAAGAAGGCGAAUGGACAAAAUCCAUUGAGAUGUACACGGAAGCUUUGAAUAUAGCCGAUUAUGCCAAUUCGGAGGACAUCUGCGUGGCAGUGGGUUUGCUCGAGAAGCUUUAUGCUAAUCGAGCCGCCGCAUGCCUGAACAUCAUUCCGGGGCUGUAUGAUCAAGCCCUGGAAGACUGUGAGAAGGCCCUCCAGUUGAAUGAAGGCAACUAUAAAGUGCUGUACAGAAAAGCAAAGUCUUUAAACGAGAUGGGGAGGCAUCAGGAAGCCUACGAUGCUGUGGCCAAAUGCUCUCUAGCUGUGCCUCAGGAUCGCAGUGUUGUACAACUGACUCAGGACCUCGCCAAAACCUUAGGUCUGAAAACUCGGAAAGCUUACAUCAGGACUAAGCCAGCCUUGACUGUUUUGCAGGGCUCAAGUCAUCAAGAUGCCGCUUGUGACAAGGCAUCGCAAAUCUCAUCUUCAGUUGACGAAAUAGAAACUGAAGUGCCAAAGUCGCUACCAGACAGCAGUGUUUUGGUUCCCCCUCCAGUCUUUGUUCCACCUCUGAAUAAGACAGCAGUCGAUGAGCUCCCGCUUUCCACCAGUAUUCCUUCAGAGGCUCCGGGUUUUGAUUCAGUAUCCCUCCCCGUGUCUGCGCCCUCACCUGCCCCCCUCGCCAUAUCCACAUUUAUGAAGGGCUCCCGAUCGAGUAAGUCGGUUUCCCUAUUUGAGACCAAUGAAGACUUAGAUGGGGACAUCAUUGGUAAUGACCUUGAUGACCUGCUGAACCAGGCAGGCCCAGAAACGGCAGUGGCCUUAUCCACAUUGAAGCGCCCCGUGCCCCUGCUAGCCAGCAUGCCCUCGACCACCUCCAUGCCGAGUCCGUUCCUCAUGCCGUCUUGCAUCAACCCCUUCCUGUCCAGCGCCCAACAUUGCACUGUCAAUCUCCCGCCGCUGUAUAACCAAUUAGGAUCAAGUGCCUGUUUUGGGAUGGACACUCUUCAAACUCUGGCCCAGCCCCGGGACACACUGGAGAGCCUCUCGUUGUCAGACUUUAAAACAGAUUAUUCUUCAAAUACAUUCAUGCCACAGACACAGCUGGGCAAUAGUGACAUGCCAAUGGGAAUGGCUGUGGGCAUGCCUGAGGUGAAGGGUCAUUCUGUGAGCAAAACCAAGAACCCCUUAGCCGAAACUCAUGAAUUCAAACAGGCGUGUUCAGUCUGCUAUGCCCGAACAGUACCUGGCGUCUUGGACUACACGCUUCAUACUGAAGAACACAAAUGCAAAAAGGACACUUUACUUGGCAGACUCAAGCAUUCACCAGAUAAAACUUGGAGGCUUAUUAGGGCCAGAUCGACAAAAACCCAAUAUGUCGGACCUUAUCGCAUUUGCAAAGAGGUGGCUGUGGGAAAAGACUGUCUCUAUCCUGGCCAUUGCACGUUUGCAUACUGUCAGGAGGAGAUCGACGUUUGGACGCUGGAGCGGAUUGGCCUCAUAUCUCGGGAGCUUCUCUUCGACCCUUUCGGGCCCAGCUCCAACAUUAGGCUGACUGUGGAGAAGAUCUUACAGGAGCACCCAGAGAUCUUUGUGUUUCUGUGCGGAGUGUGUUUUGACCAUAAACCUAGAAUAAUCAGCAAAACCAACAAAGAAAACCCGUCACUUUGCUCUCAUCCGGUGACAAAGCACGACUUUGAGAAACAUAAGUGCCUCGUCCACAUACUAAAGGAGAACACGGUCCGAUAUUCAAAAAUCCGAAUGUUGAAUCCCCUCUGCCACCUUGACCUGUGUCGCCACGAAGUGCGGUACGGCUGCGUCAGAGAGGACGAGUGCUUCUACGCUCACAGUCUCAUCGAGCUGAAGGUCUGGAUGUUGCAGCAUGAGUGCCGUAUGAGUCAUGAAAGUAUUGUUCAUGAGGCCACCACAUAUUGGAACUCAAAUAUUGCACUGCGAGGUGGCCAGUUUUUAGGUCAAAGAAGGUUCGGCCCUCAAAAUUUGAAGAUGAUGUUUGUUUGUAGUCUGUGUUGGAGAAACGGGCAACUAAGCGAAGCAGACAAGAACAAAAAGUAUUGCUCAGCCAAAGCAAGGCACACGUGGGCCAAAGACAAGCGUGUGGUUCUUGUAAGCUCUAUUGAAAGGAAAAAGUGGACCACGAUUAGAGCCCUUCCCACCAAAAAGCCGAUCCCAGCUCAGUUUGAGAUUUGCUUGCAUGUGGCAGCCGGCAAAAAGUGUCAGUAUAUCGGCAAUUGCACAUUUGCUCACAGCGUGGAGGAGCGAGACCUUUGGACCUUCAUGAAGGAAAAUAACAUUGCAGAUGCGGAUCAGCUUUAUGACAAGUGGUUGCAGUCUCAGAAGGCGGGCUGGGGCGAGGAGAACGCCAAUAUCUCUGUGAGGGAGAACGGCAAGCCGAUCCACAUGCCAACAGACUACGUGGAAGAAGUGGCUGGCAAUCACUGUUGGCUGUGCGGUAAAAACUGCAACAGCGAGAAGCAGUGGCAGCAGCACAUCACCUCAGAAAAACACAAAGACCGAGUCUUCAACUCCGAGGACGAUCAGAACUGCUGGCAGUAUCGAUUUCCCACCGGCGCUUUCAAAGUCUGCGAGAGGUUCCUCAUAGGGACAUGCACGGAAGAUGACCUGUGUAAGCUGGCCCACAGCGAGCAGGAGCUCCGGGAGUGGAUGGACCGGCGGGAAGUACUUUUCUUGAAACUGGCGAAAGCCAGAAAAGACCACCUUAUAGCUCCCAACGACAAUGACUUUGGUAAAUACAGUUUUCUUCUUAAGGACGAGUAAUGACGUGAAGAUC